GUACCACAUUUGACAGAAAGGAAGAAAAGUUUGUAAUAACUCUACUGUCACCACACACUUGGCUUUGGAGCCCAGUUAGUUGCUGAGUCAACCCUUUUCAUGUCGUUCCAAAACAUCAGGAACAGCCAACGUACCAAAAUUCAUCUUUGUUUCUAUCAUUUUGCUAUCUCAGUCAUCAAGACAAAGUCUCACUCUAUGCCCUGGGUAGAGUGCCAUGAUGUCAUAGCUCGCAAGAACCCCAAAAGCUUAGGCUCAAGCGAUCCCCUUGCCUCAGCUUCCUGAGUUGCUGGGACUACAGGUGCCCACCACAAUGCCCAGCUAGUUUUUCUAUUUUCAGUAGAGGCAGGGUGUCGCUUUUGCUCAGGCUGGUCUUGAAUUCCUGAGCUCAUUCACUCGCCUCGGCCUCCCAGAAUGCUAGGAUUACAGUCACGAGCCACCACUGUGCCUGGCCGCUACUCUUCCUUUCUAACUGCUGGGUUCGUGCAGACAAAUCCCAGGUUGGAGAAGAUAAAGAUGGAUUGCUACAAAGAUGUGAAAGGUACCAUCUAUGACUAUGAUGCCUUCGCUCUAAAUGGAAAGGAUUACAUUCAGUUCAAGCAGUAUACAGGCAAGCAUGUCCUAUUUGUCAACGUGGCCACCUAUUGUGGUCUGACAGCUCAAUAUCCUGAACUAAAUGCACUCCAGGAGGAGCUGAAGCCCUCUGGCCUGGUUGUGUUGGGCUUUCCCUGCAACCAAUUUGGAAAGCAAGAACCAGGAGAUAACACAGAGAUUCUUCCUGGGCUCAAGUACGUCCGUCCAGGAGGAGGAUUUGUACCGAAUUUCCAGCUUUUUGAGAAAGGGGAUGUGAAUGGUGAAAGAGAACAGAAAGUCUUUACCUUCUUGAAGCACUCCUGUCCUCACCCCUCUGAGAUUUUGAGCUCAUUCAAAUAUAUCUCCUGGGAACCCAUAAAAAUCCAUGAUGUCCGCUGGAACUUUGAGAAAUUCCUGGUGGGGCCCAAUGGAGUCCCUGUCAUGCGUUGGUCCCACUGGGCUACAGUUAGCACAGUCAAGUCAGACAUCUUGGCAUACUUGAAACAAUUCAAAACUAAAUGAGAAGGCAGAGUUAGGGGCAAGAGCCAUUUUGCUUCUCACCUAAAGACUUGUUCCAAAAAAAUCUAUCUUCUUCCCACACUCUCUUCCUAAAUGGCCUCUACUUCUCCACUUAACUGAAUCACCUCCAGAAUGCCAAAUUUCCCACCCUCCACCAAGUAGAUUUGUAUUUGGAAGGCUACUGCUGUUUCUGUUUGCAGGAGUAUGUGGGUGAAGAAUAAAAACAUGGAAACCCUAAGUCUCCAGAACUCUAUUGCAAAUUUAAUCAUUCACAUCCAUCAAAGGAAAAUCAUCCUUCCAUGGGAAAGAUUUAGUCUUCUGUCUUAUCCUGAAGAAAAUGUCCCUAGAUAUCCUGAUUGGGCAAUAGUCAUAUAAUCUAGGUUCUACUUAGAUUACAUGUUUUAUUGCAUAGGACAAACUCUAGUCAGUUUCCAAUUCUUUUCAGAUCAGUCUUCGUUCAUGACACCUCCCCUCACCUGCCAUUUUCCUGUGGGAGCCCCAAGGUAGAGUGGGAGCAGGAACAUUGCCUCACAAGAAGAGAGGCAUCUCCAUGCUAGUGGGCCCAGAGCCUCUCUCUGUUUAGCCCCCCAAAAGCUUUUCUUACUGUCAGAUCUUUAGUGCAAUCAGAUUUUGGCAUCUGGCAGGGAAUGCCCUUCAUCUUUUGAAGGGUGGGAUUUCUCCUCUCAACCCUGGGUUCCUCAGCUUCAGAACCAGCCCUUCUACUAUAAUCAAUA